AUGAAGCAUCUCUGCAACUUUCCAGGAUGUGCUAAGUCUUUCAAAAGGAAGGACUACUUACAAAGACACUCAUCAACUCAUUCAAACAUCCGUCCGUUUAAUUGCACAAUUUGCAAAUGUUCAUUCACUAGAAAGGACUUGCUAGAUAAGCACACAAGGUCA